GCAUCUUUUGUACAUUUCUUUCCCUGAAAACUUUUCGGAUUCCCCGGUUGGUGUUUGGAGAUGGCUACCUCCAGGAGUUCAGUGGCUCAGUUUAAUGUCUGGGAUUAUGUUGUCUUCAUUGUGAUGUUGCUCAUCUCUGUCUUCAUUGGGAUUUACCAUGCCAUUAUGGGCAGGAGGCAGCAAUCUAACAGUGAGUUCCUGUUGGGUGGCCGGCAGAUGAGUGCACUGCCAGUGGCUCUCUCGCUCACUGCCAGCUUCAUGUCUGCCGUCACAGUUAUUGGCACGCCAGUAGAGGUGUACCGCUUCGGAGCUAUCUUCUGGAUCUUCUGCAUCAGCUACAGCAUUGUAACCAUCAUCAGUGCCGAGUUCUUCCUCCCGGUGUUUUACCGACUCGGAAUCACCAGUACCUAUGAGUAUUUAGGAAUGCGAUUUAACAAAUAUGUGCGCAUGCUCGGCACCUCAAUGUACAUCAUCCAAACAGUGCUGUAUACAGGGAUUGUCAUAUAUGCCCCCGCCUUGACCCUCAACCAAAUAACUGGAUUUGACCUCUGGGGAGUGCUGGUUGCUACAGGCCUGAUCUGCACCUUUUAUUGUACUCUGGGAGGGCUGAAGGCGGUGGUAUGGACAGAUGUGUUCCAGAUGUCCAUCAUGAUCUCUGGAUUCUUGGCUGUUGUAAUCCGAGCUACGGUGGUUGAAAAUGGCAUCGCCCAGAUCUGGAAUAAUUCCUAUCAUGGAGGAAGACUGAAUUUCUGGGACUUUAAUCCAGAUCCCUUGAGGCGACACACUUUCUGGACAAUAGUGAUCGGUGGGAGUUUUAUGUGGACAGCGAUUUACGGCAUUAAUCAGUCUCAGGUUCAGCGUUACAUCUCAUGUAAGAACAAGUUUGAAGCGAAGCUAUCUCUGUAUCUUAACAUGAUUGGGCUGUGGGUCACAACCACGUGUGCUGUGCUGACGGGACUCUCCAUGUAUUCCAUUUACUCCCAGUGCGACCCUCUGACUGCAAAUCUGGUCAGAACAUCUGAUCAGCUGACUCCGUACCUAGUGAUGGAUAUUCUGGGAGGUUAUCCCGGGGUUCCAGGGCUCUUUGUGGCAGCUGCAUAUAGCGGUACCUUAAGCACCGUCUCGUCCAGUAUCAAUGCCCUGGCUGCCGUCACUGUGGAGGACUUUAUCAAACCUAACAUCAACUUGUCUGAAGAAAAACUGUCCUGGAUUUCAAAGGGACUCAGUUUAAUGUACGGACUAAUCUGCAUUGGAAUGGCUGCAUUGUCCUCUCUGAUGGGAGGAGUACUGCAGGCCGCUCUCACCAUCUUCGGGAUUGUCGGAGGGCCACUGCUGGGAGUCUUCCUCCUGGGUAUGAUUCUGCCAUGUGUUACUUCCAUUGGAGCAAUUUGUGGCCUUGUGGUGGGUUUUCUACUGACCAUGUGGGUGGGAAUCGGUGGACAAAUCUAUGGCCCACUGCCUGAUAAAACCCUGCCUUUGCCUCUCAGCACCGCAGGCUGUAUUUUCAACAACACUGAGCAGCCAAGCACAGUCACAGCCACGCUCUGGAGCACAAUGAACCCCGUCACACAGCCAGACUUCAGGCCAGAGAUUGCUGACACCUGGUACUCUCUCUCUUACCUUUACUUAAGCCCAUUAGGAACAGUGGUUGUGUUUGUGGUUGGACUCAUCGUCAGUAUGCUGACAGGGGGAAGAACGAAUCAGGUGAACGGGGACCUCCUGAUCACAAAGAGGGACCUGAUCUGCUGCUUCUGUUUCACUGAUACCAGCGAUCACUCAGAGGAGAAGGACAUCAAGCAGCAUCCGGAUGAAACAUUUGAGAUUGGGAAAGACAACCUUGCCUUCACUCACCAGGAUCCAAUCUGUCAUGAUAAAGAGGACCAGAUCCAGCCCAACACUUACUUAUAGAAAUACAUACAAUACCUUAGAGACAAGGGAAGUGUUGAGAAUAAUGUUGAGCUGAACUGUAUAGAUUUUCCCUCUGAAAAGUGGUGAAAAGGUGAUUCUGCCAUCUUUCUCCACAAGAGCCUCAAAUGCUGGAGUUCGACCCGCCAUUCAGCUCCAAAUUCUCUCCAACAUCAAUGGCUUUCUAAACGUUGGGUACCUGCAACCGGAUAAUUCAUAUGUGGCCUCAACAGUGAUUUAUAGAGUUAAGUAAUUUUUAAAUUUUAAUUUUUAAAUUUUUAACAUUUAGUCUAAUGUCUUAUCUAAUUAAUAUUAAUCUAACGUCUUCAUUAAUCUAAUAUCUAAUGUUGGAGUCCCAUAGGGUAUUGGUUAGAGCACUCGCCUUGCAA